UUUCAAAGCAUGGUUGGUUGCCGUGGAUGGAAGGAACAUGGAAGGAGGCUGAAUAUCCCCCAGUGUAAAGUUUUGAAUAUUGAAAAAGUAAUGGAAGGUGACGUGUGGGUGUGUCACCACGCUUAACCUCACAUGUCUUCUCAUGCGCUUCCCCGUCUUGGUGGUGGCGCUGUCAAAGGCCAUUGUGGGUUCGGUUUGUUUGGUUCUCUUCCAUUCCUUUCUUUCUUUCUUCCCUCCUCCCUUCUCAGUUAAAGUUUCACUCUCUUUCCGGUUAAAACCCGCUAUCUCUUUUCAAAACACGGAAGAAGAAGUAGAGCAAUAUCAGCAAUGAAGGGAAUGCAGAUGGGACUGUGGUGGGUCUGGCUAUAUGGGUUCUUGUUGAUUGGUCUUUCCUUGUAUGCCACACAGAGGCUACCUUCUUUUAAGCUGACAAGACCCCAGAAUUUCAACCACAAAGGUUUAAGCCCUCCGACAAUUACUAUAUUUUCAGCGCCUACUGACCCUUUUGCAGCUUCAGCUGACUCCAAGCAGAGUCUUGCUAUUCGAUCAUGGCUUGCUUUGUCCCCUCAAAUCGUUGUCGUUUUGUUUACUCGACACCCUUCUUUUGCCUCAGCUUUUGGUUCCCGGGUUUUGGUUGACUCCACUAUUGAUUUCACGUUUCUUGGUACCCCAUUCUUUCAUUCCAUGCUAGAGAAAUCACGGUUAUUCACAACAGACAUAGCUGUUUUUGUUGAUCCACAAACAGUUCUUCUGCCUGACCUCAUAUCCACCUUAAAUUAUGCUUACAAACUUGACCGUGACUGGCUUCUUGUGGCUUCGUUACGAAAUGUUUCGUACUUCCCGUUCCACUUGGAUGAUGCUGGGGAACAUUGGCUCAGAGACGAUGGACAAAGGGUACGACGCCAGGAGUUGCAGGAGAUACUUGGUCAUCAUUGGGAGUGGAAUCAUUGUGAGGACAGAAUGCUUAUGGCAUGGAACAACAGAAAUCUACCUUUACAUAAUGGAGUGCUUCCUCCUUUCUUGUAUGGCAAGGGGAUUCACAACCGCUGGAUAGUCAAUGAAGCUGUGUCAUCUGAAUUGAGGCUUGUCUUUGAUGCGAGUUCGACAAUCUCAUGUCUCUCUCUUAAUUAUCCUGAGCAUUGGUCUGAACUGUCAGUCAGAGGAUCCAGAGUUUUAGAGAUUGAAAACAGAAGCUGGGAGGAAGGUGGCAAUUCCCAUCUGGGUGCACUAUAUGGCUCAAUGUUUUUCCGAGAAAUUAAUUAUUCUGGCCUAGUAAAUCUUUUGAAUUGUGAGGGGCAAUAUCUUUUUGCUGACAUAGCUGAAGACAGCGUUUAUCCAUCUGUGUGCCAGACAGGAAGUGCAUGGACUAGAAGGGUUUUGAGAUCCUGUACCCAGAGGAAAAGGAUGGUUUCUGCAGAAAUUGUUAAAUCACAAAACAGAACAUCAAAUUGUUCCAUGAAAGACAAGUUAAAGUCAUCGGAAUCAUUACAUUUUCCAUUUUCUUUAGAGUCACUCCUUUCAAUAACUGCAGACGAGAACAAAACACUCGUGCUUGCUGUUGCUGGAUAUAGUUACAAGGACAUGCUAAUGAGUUGGGUGUGCAGAUUACACCAACUCCAGGUCACAAAUUUCAUCAUUUGUGCUCUUGAUCAGGAAACAUAUCAAUUCUCUGUCUUACAGGGCCUCCCUGUUUUCCAUGAUCCAUCAGCGCCGAGAAACAUAAGCUUUAACGAUUGCCACUUUGGAACAGCAUGCUUUCUGAGAGUCACCAAAGUGAAGUCCAGAAUGGUUUGGAAGAUACUGAAACUUGGGUACAACGUACUUCUAAGUGAUGUCGAUGUUUAUUGGUUUGGGAAUCCGUUGCCGUUGCUUUAUUCUUUUGGUCCUGGUGUUCUUGUGGCACAGUCCGAUGAGUACAAUUACACAGGACCUGUAAACUUACCCAGGCGCUUGAACUCUGGUUUUUACUUUGCUCGUUCUGACGCUUCAUCUGUAGCUGCUAUGGAGAAGGUGGUAAAGCAUGCAGCAAGAUCAAACCUGUCUGAACAGCCAAGCUUCUACGACACAUUGUGUGGUGAAGGGGGAUCCUACCGAAUCAGUGAUAACAGAUGCGUGGAACCCGAAACAAAUCUAACCGUUCAUUUCUUGGAUAGAAACCUCUUCCCUAAUGGUGCAUACUUAAACAUAUGGCAGAAGAAAAAUGUGAAAAAAGCCUGUAUGAAAAAGGGCUGUCUUAUUCUUCAUAACAAUUGGAUUAGUGGGAGAGUGAAGAAGUUGGAACGACAGGUUGUAUCAGGUUUAUGGGAGUAUGAUAUUAGCAGAAGGAUGUGCUUGCAGAGAUAGUGCAGUUUCAAAUUGAUG